CUUUACUGUGUGCUCUCUACUUAAAGGUGCCAACCCACUAGCCGUCCUAACCAGUUCAGCUGCUUCAACAUUUGGUUUUGCUACUUCUUGUAAACCAAACAAGGUCUUCAUCUUUUCAAAGUUGAAUUUGGGCAGUGGUAUUCAUUGUGUCAAUUACAAGGAGGGAUUAAUAGUAUUAUUACUGUAUUCUGACCUCCUUUUGAUACUAAUUUGAAGUAAUGAUUGUCUCUGCUCUUUUAACUUCUGUGGGAAUCAAUCUUGGCCUUUGCAUUUUAUUUUUCACAUUAUAUUCCAUACUGAGGAAGCAGCCAAGUAAUGCUAAUGUGUAUGGACCACGCUUGGUAGCUGAAGGAAAAUCUCAGCAAAAUAGUUGUUCCAACAUAGAGAGGUUAUUGCCUUCUCCUGGUUGGGUAAGAAGGGCAUGGCAACUUUCAGAGGAGGAAAUCUUGUCAACAACAGGCUUGGAUGCUGUGGUCUUAAUGCGUAUUUUCAUAUUCAGUUUAAGGGUGUUUUCUUGUGGUGGCAUUGUGGGAAUUCUCAUUCUUCUUCCAGUGAACUAUGUGGGUAAUCAACUAAGUGAUAUCGAUUUUUCUGAUUUGCCAAAUAAGUCUUUGGACAUAUUCAGCAUCUCUAAUGUAAAUAAUGGAUCAAAAAGGCUAUGGAUUCAUUUCUGUUCUAUAUAUGUUUUCACUGGAGUUGUCUGCUAUCUUCUUUAUUAUGAAUACAAAUAUAUUUCUUCAAAGAGGCUUGCUUACUUUUAUUCGUCCAAACCUCAACCGCACCACUUCACCAUUUUAGUUCGUAGUAUUCCUGCAUCUGCUGGGAGAAGCUUUGGCGAUAGUGUUGAGAGCUUUUUUACAGAGUAUCAUCCUGCUACCUAUCUAUCAAAUUUAGUGGUCCACCGAACAAAGAAACUUCAAGGUCUCAUUAAAGAUGCAAAGAUGCUAUAUAAAAGGCUUCUCCACUUGAGAUCAAAAGAUUCAAAUCAACAAAAGUUAAUGCGUGAUGGAUUCUUGGGACUGUUUGGACGUAAGGUUAACCCUAUUGAUCACUACGAAAAGAAGUUAGAAGAUCUAGAAGAACACGUACGAAUGGAGCAAUCAAAUCUUUCAGUGGCUGGGGAGGAAGUUCCAGCUGCUUUUGUGUCCUUCAAGUCCCGGUAUGGUGCUGCAAUUGCUUUGCACAUCCAACAGUCUGACAAUCCCAUAGAGUGGGUUACAGAGCAGGCUCCAGAGCCUCAUGAUGUUUAUUGGCCUUUCUUUUCUACAUCAUUUAUGCAAAGAUGGAUCUCAAAUCUGGUGGUCAUUGUUGCAUGUAUUCUCCUCACGAUUCUAUUCCUUGUUCCAGUUGUAUUUGUACAAACUCUUACCAAUCUAGAUCAGUUGGAGACCUUUCUGCCUUUUCUGAAAGGCAUAUUGACCAUAACAUUUGUUAGUCAAGUUAUUACAGGAUAUCUUCCCAGUCUCAUUCUUCUGUUGUUUCUGCAAACUGUUCCUCCCAUCAUGAAGAUCUUUUCCUCCAUGCAAGGAUAUAUCUCCCAUAGCCAGAUAGAAAUAAGUACUUGUAAGAAAGUACUUUGGUUUACCAUAUGGAACAUUUUCUUUGCAAAUGUAUUAUCUGGAUCAGUGCUAUAUCAAAUCAAUGUUUUCCUUGAGCCCAAGAAUAUUCCAGAAAAGCUGGCUGUAGCCGUUCCAGCACAGGCAUCAUUCUUCAUUACUUAUGUUGUCACAUCUGGCUGGACCAGUCUAUCAUCAGAACUAUUUCGUAUGAUCCCUCUCAUUUGGGAUUUUAUAAAAAGACAUUGUUCAGGAAGUUAUGCAGAUGAGUUUGAUGUUCCAUCCAUUCCUUAUCGCUGUGAGAUUCCUAGAAUUCUCUUUUUUGAGCUUCUUGGCAUAACAUAUUUCUUUCUGGCUCCAUUAAUUCUGCCUUUCCUCUUGGUUUAUUACUGUCUUGGAUACAUCAUCUAUCGGAACCAGCUAUUGAAUGUUUAUACACCCAAGUUUGAGACUGGUGGAAAGUUCUGGCCUAUUGUGCAUAAUUCAACAAUAUUUUCUUUGAUACUGAUGCAAGCUAUUGCGAUUGGAAUAUUUGGUCUAAAGAAGCUUCCUAUGGCAUCAAGCUUAACUAUUCCUCUUCUUAUUCUCACACUUCUGUUCCAUGAGUAUUGUCAGAAACGUUUCUUACCCAUUUUUGCUGCUUACUCUGCCGAGAGUUUGAUAAAGAAAGACAAAGAAAACGAGAAUGAUGCUUCAAUGACUGAUUUUCUUGACAAACUGGUUACUGCCUAUCGGGACCCAGCUUUGUUGCCAAUCCAGUACUCUGAAAAUCGUGACAGCCAUAAUUCUCCCCUUCUAUCAUCUACUCCAUUUUGAGUUUGGAACGGGAUUUCCUUUUCCUGUGCAGACUAUCCUCCACUCCCCCUUCCGUGGAAGAUGCAUGGUGAUUUGUGGUAAUGAUAGUGGCCAGGACAAUCGAUCAAAAGUGUAUUCUAACACAUUUGGAGUGAUGUGGUUGCUGCUGUCUUUUCUGUAUAUCAUCGUUGUACAGGACAGAACCCUAUUAUGUCCAUGUUUCAUGUUAGUAAAGUAAGAUCGAUUGCUUUUGUUUUCUCUGUAAGUUGCAACCAAAGAUUGUUGUAUGCUUUUUAAGGAAAAAAAAACGUAGUUUGUCCAACA